UUUCACAUCACCACAGCGAGCACAGUGCAUUUAAAUUUUUGAAACUUAUAAGUGAUGUCGAAAAAUAUAUUGGUGAUGUCAUUUCACGGUUUAGUAUGGGCGGGCGUGAUAGCUUUCGCGUUUUUGGCGACCGGCGUUAACGCUGGGGCGGCGCGCUACGAUUCUGCGACUCCUUAUACGCCGCCCUACAACAAAUACAAAUAUGUACCUUUGCACAGUGAACCUGAUGAAGUUACUUCGCUGUCCGAGGAGGAAUCUCCAUCAUCAGGGAUGCCUCCAUCAGAAAUGAUUCUCACCGCCCUGCGGACUGCCCUAGAUGUUGUUAGAAAUAUGAACAAAAAUAGGCUUAAUACACCUGCAGUUGCUAGGAACAGUAAUUCUACUUCAGUUAAGCACAGACGUAGACAGUCAAGCAACGAUACUGUCAGUGGAAGAGGGUUUGAGGAUUACUACGACGAGCAUCAUGACCAUCAUCACGAAGUCGAAACGACCACAGCCAAGCCCAUGAAGCAGGGAAGAUAUACUGAUCCAUGGGCUGGAUACUAUGACUGGAUCAUCAACGAGGGAUCUUUCAAAUUUUGGAGCGUUUUCCAGCUGUUUACUGCUGCUCUUCUUUUGUAUGCCUGUUUCUCUGCCAUCUACUACGCGAAAUUCAACCCCGUCCUACCAGAUUACAGUUUGGAAUAUGACGAUUACUUCUUGGAGAGAAGCGUCGGUAGGAAAGCGAGAAGUUUGGAUCCGUCCGAAAUGUUAUCCGGUUUAAGUUGGAUGAGUCCUUCGACUUUCCAAUUUAUUCUCAACGCUAUCGCAAAACAUUAUGAAGACCAAUAAGGCAUUAAUAUGUUCAGUAUGAGGAAACGACAGUCAAUUAGUAAUUAAGUGAAAGAAAUUCAUGCUCUUGUUUCCAUAUACUCGAAGAUAUGUAUUAAUUUAUAUCUGUAGUUAUAAGUACGCUCAAACUUCACUCCUAGUGCUUAAAUAAAUAUUUCAUCAUCAGUGUUUAUUUUUUAUUCGCAGUGUGGCUCCAGAGUUCGUUGACCUUAAAGCUUCAAAACAAAAACCGAUAUGUGUGAUCUUUUUACAACACUUAAUCCAUUCCAUAGCAAUAUUAUUUGUAAAAACGUAUACUGUUAUUUCAAAUUAAGAAUUCAUUCGCAAGUAGCGAAUGCAGGCGCCGCGUCACCAUUGUCCUGGGUUCGAUGUCCGGUCGCCGGUCGUGUCCACUCCGCUCCCCGCCUAGGAUCACAGGAUGCUAUAACUAUUUUAACCUUCAAACACGAUUGCAACUCACGAUUCAAUUUUAAUUUAAAAAC